GUGGACUUGACAUGUUCAAAAACCAAUUUUCUAGAGAAACUAUCCCAAGCACAAAUUAUCUUUUUAAAGAUUGAGCCAAGUAAACUAAAUUAUCCAUAUUCCUUCCUCUUUUUGUAGGAAGAAGCAGCCACCCAAAGCUACACUUGUUAUACAUGCCUAAGAAUAUAUUCUCUAUAAAAGCUUACAUGAAUCCAAUAGCAAUGGCCAGAUCAAGGGGUCCAAUCCAGUCUUCAGGACCAACAAUCCAGGAUUAUCUGAAUCGACCCAGGCCUACCUGGGAAGAAGUGAAAGAGCAACUGGAAAAGAAAAAAAAAGGCUCUAAGGCUUUGGCUGAAUUUGAAGAAAAAAUGAAUGAGAAUUGGAAGAAAGAAUUAGAAAAGCACAGGGAGAAAUUGUUAAGUGGAAAUGAGAGCUCGUCAAAGAAAAAACAGAGAAAGAAGAAAGAAAAGAAGAAAUCUGGUAGGUAUUCAUCUUCUUCUUCAUCAAGCUCUGAUUCUUCCAGCAGUUCUUCAGAUUCUGAGGAUGAGGAAAAGAAGCAAGCAAAAAGAAGAAAGAAAAAGAAGAAUCGUUCACAUAAAUCUUCUGAAAGCUCCCUGUCAGAAACUGAGUCAGACAGUAAGGAUAGUUUAAAAAAGAAAAGGAAGUCAAAGGAUGCAGCUGAGAAGGAAAAGGACAUUAAAGGACUUACCAAGAAAAGAAAGAUAUAUCCUGAAGAUAAACCAUCAUCAUCUGAAUCCUUGUCAGAGUCAGAUUAUACUGAAGAGGUACGAGCAAAAAAGAAGAAAAGCAGUGAAGAACGAGAAAAAGCAACAGUGGAAAAUAAUUUGGGUGGAGACUACUCUGGUACCGGCACAGCUCUCAUAGUUCCCAGGAGGAAGGGAAGAGGAUGGAGAAAUACAUAAGAGACAGUAUACAGAAAGCUGAGGAAAAAACAAAAAAGAGAAAGAAACAUAAGAAACACAGCAAGAAGAAGAAAAAGAAGGCUACUAACUCAAGUCCUGACUCGCCAUAAUGUUAACAAAAACCAGGAUUCCCCCAUGAAGAAAGUGCAAUGUCUAAGGAAAUUUCAACUGUGAAAAUUAUGAUAUAUUUACUAAAAUGCAUGAAUUUUCCUGUUUUUAGAAUUGUUCCUGGACAAUUCAAUAGCCACUCCGAUGCCGCUCAGAAAAGGCCAUAGUUGUUGCUUGCUGCUUUAACAUCUACUUUUCCUCCUCAGUGUGUGAUAACCCGGGAGAGAACACAUGCAGUCAUGCUCGGAGUUGACAUAUUUGGGAAGAAAGCUAAUAGUUUUGACUAGAAGUAUCUAGUGAUGAAUCUGUAGAAAUUGUAUCUGGGUACAUCUUUAAGAUGUAAUCAGAAAGGGCCAGAUGACUCUAGUUAAAUUUUUUAAAGUAGGGAUUACAUUAAUAUUUUGAAAUCCUUACUCUGUAGAUAAGUGUAUAUUAAUCCCCCCCCAUUGUAUACAUUUUAUUUACCUUGGGAAGGAGCUUUUAGGGUGGAGGGAGGGGUGGUUUGCUAUCUCAUUAGCUAGCAGAAUAGUGUGCCUUUGAUCCUCACACCUCCUGCUUUUGUGGACACAGUAGCCAUGCUUCCUGGGGAGGUCAGAGCUGGGUACCAGCAGUCCUGUCCUUUACUGAACUUAAUGAUAUCUGUGGACUUUGUCAUAUGCUGCUGAGUGAACCAGAGAAACAGCCCUCUGCAGCAUGAGAAAGCCCCCAAAGCUCUGGAUUUACCUCCACAUCAGUAAUAACUGAACAUUUUUUAGCUUUAGAAUGUGUUACGUCAUUUGAAUUAAUUUUUGACUAUAUUUUGGCUUUGGAGAGGAAUUGUUUCAUAUAAACACUGGUACUUUUUGAACUUAAUAGCUAAGAUUCUAAAAUGCAUGUUUUAUAUAUUAAGUUUUAACCAGUCAGGAAAAUUUUAUGUAACCAAUGAUAGUUAUUUUUUUGUAUGAAUGUUGUUUAGGCUGCAAAUGUUUAGCUUUUGUUAACCUUUUAUUCUUACUGUCUCAAGUUCAUUGCUAUGUUUAAUUGCAUUCUUGCCAAGAUAUUUAGCAUGUAAAAAGCAGGUUUUGAGUUUUUGUUUUUGAACAGCUUCACAUUGAAGCUGAGACUUAUAAACAAGUUGAGUGGCAGGUCUGGUAUGCUGUAUCUUGUCACAUAAAGCUAUUGACAGAGUCUUAGUAAAUACAAUGUUUUAAAAGUUUGUUGUCUUUGUAUAUUAAUAACAAAUUAUGACAAGUUAAAUUUAAGUGAGAAUUGUAUUACUACUCUUCUUGUGUCAUAUUUUACUAAAAUUUUGUGCCUCAUAUCUUACUGAAUUAUUAGGAAUGUUAAAAGGAAUUGAUAAAUCAUUUUCAUUUUACAUUUUUAUAUAAUCAAGUAAUAUGAAAUAUAAUUUGAUGUACAAUUUUGCCUGUUACAGAGGGUAUGCUAAUUAUAGUGGUAUAUGCACAGAACAUUUGGGCAUGACAAGAAGCUGAAUAAAUAGCUAUUUUACUUUAAAAA